AAUUUUAGAUAGAUAAAAUAAAUACGAGAUCGAGAGUUUGACUGGGCGAGCUUAUAUAAAGCGCCAGAUUAAUUACUGUGGUCAGUGGUUUGUCGCUCGUAAUUCAAAUUGAUAGUAACCGAGAAGUGGGAUGUAGUGAGUCGUUGCGGUUAAUUACUGAAUCAUAGCUUCUUUGAAAUCAAGGUAACAUCCUAAGAUCCUUUUAAACACUUCGGAUAUCAUAAGUGUCCUGCAAGAUGACGAGAAACACCUCGAAGUACCAAUGCUAUGCCACGGUGUGCGUUAAUCUUUUGACGAUUUGCUUUGGAGCAUUUAUUGGAUGGCCAUCAGCAGCUCUCUUACUGUUACAGUCAAAAGAUUCGCCUCUGGAAGGAGGCCCACUUACAACGUCUGAAGUAUCAUGGGUAGGAUCAGUAAUAUGUAUUGGCGCGCUUUGUGGUACUCUCCUUUUUGGUUGGACGUCCGACAGAUUCGGCCGAAAAAUUUCCAUGCUUGUUGCUGUUAUUCCUCAGUUGUUGAGUUGGCUGUUCAUUGUGUUCGCAAAAAAUUUCUUGCAUUUGAUCAUCUCACGUGUAAUGGGAGGAAUCUCUGCUGGCGCGAUUUUUAUCUUAGUACCUUUAUAUGUUAACGAGAUAUCAGAAGACAGAAUACGUGGCUCACUCGGGGCUUGUUUUGCCUUCUGUGCCAACAUUGGAACACUGUCCGCCUACGUUUUAGGCAACUUUAUGAGUUACAACACCAGCCCCUACAUUUUUAUAGCUCUGACGUUACUCUAUUUUGUGUUAUUCAUAUUUUUACCUGAAACACCCAUUUAUCUGAUAAAGUCCAGGAAAGAAGAGGAAGCUGAACACUCUCUUCGCUACUUCAGAAAUCUGAGAAAAAUUUCGCAGCCUCCAGAUGUCUUUAAGGCAGAAAUGGAGCAAAUCAAAUGCGAACACAUGGACGAUACUACGAAGAGUGACGAAGAGCCGCUCAGCUGGAGUGAUUUUUGUAACCCAGUGGCAAGGCGUGUUAUCCUCAUAGGCGUGUCGUUGAUGGCUCUGAACCAAUUUUGUGGAGGUUUCGCGAUAAUCAGUUACACAGCAACACUAUUUGAGGAGUCUGGGUCAUCCCUAAGUCCCAAUGUUUCAGCAAUCAUUGUGGGAGUUAUUUUGAUAGUAGGAUCGUAUGUUUCUACUCUUCUUGUAGAGCGAGCGGGUCGAAGGGUUCUAUUAACAGUUUCGGCUGUGGGAACUGGUUGCGGAGAAGUUUGCCUAGGCUUGUACAGCUACUGUAAAAUGCUUGGAUUUAACGUUGAAGCUCUGACUUGGAUUCCAAUCGUAAGCUUCGCAGCUAUAAUAUUUGUUGCAUCCUUGGGUGUGUUGACAUUGCCCUAUGUAGUAUUGGCGGAAAUAGUCCCUCCGAAAAUCCGUGCCAUAACAGUUUCAUUUUGUAUGAUCAUGUUUUGGAUAUUUGCCUUUAUAAGUGUUAAGUAUGUGCCAAUUCUAAUGGUGUUAUUCGGUAUCCAUGGCUGUAUGUUCAUAUUUGCAAUAUGCUGCUUUGCUGGAGCUGCAUUCGUUUUGAUUUAUCUUCCGGAGACAAAGGGAAAACGUCUAGAAACCAUAUUGGCAGCCAUCGAGGAAAGAACUAGUAGAUAAAGGACCUUUAUUUAUAGUAUACUAAUUUGUAUUUAAAUUUAAAAUAAAUGAUAAGGAUCCCAAGGCUAUAUAAAUGUACA